AUGCAAAUCAUGCCCCCCCCUUUGGGCGUGCUGCGAGCUGCAGCCUGGAACUCGUCCUGUCAUUUGGAUUACGUGCUUUUCGUCGGCUGGCUCUCCUCUGCUUUAACAGCUCGGGUCGUCAAGUGCAUCUCCAUAGGUACGUGUUUUCAUUUCUCCAAAAACCGAGGUUCCUUCUUCUUGUUUCUGCUUUCCCGCCCCACCUCCUUCUCCUUGUCUCUUUCUCUCUUUAUAAGAAGUAGAAUCCGGUUGCGGGCGACGUCUGUUCCACACCUUAACUCGAAAAAUAAGACUCCAAACACUUUGCGAGGAGGGUUUUUAAAGACUGUGACAAUUUCUGAUUCCUCUCCUCUUGUGAUUGUAACGUAUCCCCUGGUUCCCCUGCUCUCGGCAGCGGUGAAAGCGAUUGAAGCCGAGGUGUUUCAAGGUCAGUUUGGUAGGUUCCUCCCCAGCACUCCUUGAAAGCGAUUUUGUGGUUUAGGCGGUCUCAUGGCAGAGAUGAGCAUCUUGCCACGUCAAUCUCAGUGCCUUUCAGAGCGAGAGAAGGCUCAUGGCAGUUUGGUUAGACAGCAGGUAUUUCUCCAUGGAGGAGAGCUGUUUCGGCUUCGUAGGUACGCCUUCUGUUUCUGCCUCCUUCUCCGCCGACGGUUCUUACAACUCCCUUCAGAGCAAGUGGAGGUUUCUGAACAAACAUAUGUCUCCACGCAGACGAGCUGUUCAAACUUGAAGCCCAUCGUGGCCCCUUGGAUGCUUUUGAGAAUGCAAACUUGCCCCUUGAUCUUAUGAAUCGCUUUGUACCGUAGUGAGAUGGUUUUAUUUGGAAUUGCCAGGUUCACUGAAGAUGAGGGUGGGUGCCCGCUGAUUCGGACAUGUACAGAAUUGCCGUUUCUUGGAAAACUGGGAAGGAAGGUUUUUAGACCUUGGGUCGUUUUAUGGAGAAGCUUCUGGGGUGUGUUUUUCCCCCAUUUCGGUACAAAAUUCAAAAGCUCAAGUGUAGGAUAGGAGAGGCCGAGGUCUCUGGAGCCUAGAGGAAGUGUCCCUGUUUGUCUUUAGCUGUCCAGGGUGUCUAAAAGGUGUUCCACUUUUAGACAAACUUGGAUACUUCAGAUUAUCAUAGGCUACAGUAUUUUCUUGCAAAAUGUAGCUUUUAUUUCAUUUUUACACUUUUAGCUCAAGUAUUCGAAAACUUGAACGCUGCAGAUUAUCAUAGGCUGAAGUACUUUCCUGCAAAAUGUAGCUUUUAUUUUAUUUCCGUGCUGUAUCCUGUGGGUGUUGUUAGCUUCCCUGGGCUCUGUAAUGAGGAAGGGCAGGAUAAAAUUAACGGUGAUAGUAAUUAAUAACAGGCUGGCUGCAAUACAUGUAAAAAAACCAACUUCCAGGUGUAUUCGUUCUGGGGUGGGGACCUGUGCCUGCCUCUUCCCACCGCCCCCAGGUUGCUGGAUGUCAACGGCCAGGCGCAAUGGGAGUUAUAGUACCUGAAGGCCAGCAAGUUCCCCACUGCUGCUUUAGUUGAUUGCAAUCUGAACGUGAGCCAGCCAUGAGAGGCAGCUGUUAAAAAAGCUAAUGGGAUCUUGGGCCGCCCAUAGUGUCCGAAGCGUGGGAAAUAGUAGCCGCACUCUGUUCUGCACAGGCCAGGCCGCAUCUGAAGUACCGCGUCUCAUUCUGGGUCCCAAAUGUUCAGUAAGGAAAUGGACAGACUGGGGGAUCCCCCCCCCCCAGGAGAAAGUGACUCGGAUGGCAAAGAAUCUGGAAAGAGCUGAGUAUGGUUAGCCUAGAAAAGUGAAGGUUUAAAGGGAGACCUGUUUGUGUUCUUCCAGCAUCUGAAGGGCUGUUCUAGAAAAUUGAACAGGCAGCAAUUGUACUGGGAGCAACAGCUAAGAAGAGGCAAAAUUUGCCUUUCACCCCAGAGGACCAGGAGGGAGGGGCAGGUUUCGGUCCAGCCCCAGCUGCACCCCUUUGCUUUUCUCCUGUUCGAAAGGAUGGCAUCAAACGCAGUUGCAGAGGCAGCGAAUAAACCAGGGGAAAUUUUUGGUCUCCUUCGACUCCGCUGCCCCAAUCCAGCACACCCGAUGGGGCCUUUUUUCCAGGGGAGAAAAGAAUAUUGACUCUCCGCACAUCACAGCAGGGAACCUUUAGCUUUUCAGAUUUAGGGAAGUUUUUAAUGUUUGAUGCUGUGCUAUGUUUUUAAUAUUCGGUUGGAAGCCGCCCAGGGUAGCUGGGGAAACCCAGCCAGAUGGGCGGGGUAUUAUUAUUAAUUAAAUUUUAUUUAUACCCCGCCCUCCCCAGCCAAGACUGGGCUCAAGGUGGCUAACACCCAAUAUAAAACAAAUUGAUUGAAAUACAACGUAAAAAACAAGAUUAAAAUACAACAUUAAAACUAAAAUACAGCCUCAUUUCAAUGGAAACUCAAAUCAAAAACUUUUUUGGGGAUGAAAACGUCAGGUCUUCACCAAGGCUAACUUUCCAGACUGGUCCUACAUGGGCCAGAAAAAAGCCAGGGAAUAUAUUAUUAUUAUUAUUAUUAUUAUUAUUAUUAUUAUUAUUAUUCGGAUGUUGUUGGAAGCAACUUCCGUCACUCCUGACCGUUGGCCAUGCUGUCUGGGGCCAAUGGGACCCCCACCUUUGCCUUAAGCUGGUUAUGGGGGGGGGCAGAUAGACGCCCCUUCUUCCCCUCCAACUCCCUCUCUUCAGGCAAAGCAAGCAGCUCAGUAAGACUCCACAGAUUCAUUUUUGCAGCAGAACCAGGAGCCCAGAUCUUGCAGAGAGGCAUCGAUCAGGCACGGCAAUUGAGACAGGAACGAUGCCGGCUUCUCACCGUUGUUCGCCCAGGAUAUGUGGAGAACUGGGGGUGAAACGAGUCUUUCAAGAGGCGCUUCUGGCCAGCUAAGGGCACACCAGUUUUUUUAACAGUCUUGGCCGUCCCAGUAGAAUGAAUUCCAAAAGAAGAAUGGGUGCCUUUUUCGGACUACUUAAAGAAAUACUAUAGUAUGGAGAAUUGCGAUCAGGAUUUGAGCAACAGUAGUAAUUUGAUUAUAACACAGUUGUUAUGAUUUAAUAGAUGGAAGUUAGGGUGCAGCGGAAGGGAGAAGAAACAACUCCAUGGAAAAUGGGGGGGGGGGGAGCUGGUAAAAAUAACAGAAACGACGGAAAUGUGUUUUGAUUGUAUAUGCUUUUUAAAAAUAUAUAUACCGUAUUUUUCGCUCUAUAAGACGCACCAGACCACAAGACGCACCUAGUUUUUGGAGGAGGAAAACAAGAAAAAAAAUAUUCUGAAUCUCAGAAGCCAGAACAGCAAGAGGGAUCAGUGCGCAGUGAAAGCAGCAAUCCCUCUUGCUGUUCUGGCUUCUGGGAUAGCUGCGCAGCCUGCAUUCACUCCAUAAGACGCGCACACAUUUCCCCUUACUUUUUAGGAGGGAAAAAGUGAGUCUUAUAGAGCUACGGUAUAUUCAAAAGUUACAGUACAGUUGCAAUAAAAUACAUUUUCAGUCAGUAUAUCAAUUGUACAUGUGUAAAACGUUGAAACUUAAUAAAAUAUAAUUGGGGAAAUAGCGAAUUUCAAAAAUCAGCUUGCGUCGCCGUUGGGGAGCUCCACAACCAAGCUUGUAAUCCCAGCCUUCGGCAAUGUGGAAAAUCAAAAUGGUGGCUGCUGCUGUGGCCUGCCACUCCUCAGGAGGCGGUGGGCUCUCCUUCCUUGGGGGGUUUUUAAGCAGAGGUUGGAUGGCCAUCUGUCAUGGAUGCUUCAGUUGAGAUUCCUGCGUUGCAGCAGGGGGUUGGACUAGAUGACCCUCAGGAGUCCCUUGCAACUCUACGAUUCUGCGAUUCCUAGCGCAGCAAAGAGCCCGCUCAAAUCCGGUAGCAAACAUUUCCCUCAAAGAAACGUCCUGAGGAGGACGAACGGCUGCAAAGUCUCUGUUAAGCCAGGGGUGCAGGCAGCCCUAAUAAUUCAGAGUUUUCAAUGGGCUUUUCCAGUGCCGCUAAUAAACGAGACCUUUGGGAAUGAAAUAGUCAAAUAUUUAGAUUGCAGGUGCCAAUGUUUUGUUGGAACCUUUUCGCAGAGGCCUUCAGUAUUACGAAGCUUAAUUGGUUGGGAAAUGAAGAUCUGUUCUAGGACAGGCGAUCAAAUGAUUCUGGGGCAGGUGUGUGUUUUAAUUGCAAAGGUUUUCGCUGUCUUAUGCUUUGCCAGUAAGUGCCAGAAUGAGCCCCAAAUGCGAAAAUAGUCUCUGCUUCCCUGCCCACAUGCAUUGCUGUUUUUUGGUGUUUUUUCUGGGGGUGGCAAGGAACCUGCUCAGGAAGAACGGUUAUUUGCCUUGGCCGUCUGAGCGGCUAGAUUAAGAACCUCAGAUAAAUAUCGUGGCACACAAUUCACGGCGACAUUUUGAAGAGAACAUGGGGAACCCUUUCCCUGGUUUUAAACGCCAAAGUGUCCGCCGGGGCGAAAAGGAUUUUAAGCACGCUCCAUGACUCGGGGAGCGGAUGCAAAUUGUUGCUCGCAAGCAGGGCAAUAAUAAAAUUAAUAAAAUGCCACAGUGAAAAAUCGGCAGCUCGUAUCUGUUUUGGUACGAACUUCUCAGCAGUGGGGUCCAGAUGAGUAAGAUGCUUAGCUGCACUGCGUGCGAAAUGUCCCAGUUCCCAUUGGGACCUAAGAAAAGCCUUGCAGGAUUAGGCAAAAAUGUAGGCCCAUCUGUUCCAGGAUCCUGUUCUCACAGUGGCCUGACUCUGCAGAAGGCAGCUUCUUCAGUUGCUGUGCUGCUGUCGACUCUGGAGAACUGCUGCCAGUCCGUGUCAGCAGUACUGAGCUGAGAUGGACCAACGGUCCUGCCUUUCAGGGGGUUGGACUAGAUGACCCUCGGGUCCCUUCCAACGCUACAGCUGUAUGAUUCUGUGACUUGGCAGAAGAUGGCUUCCUACGUCCCUGUAUGUAUGUAUCAUCAUCAUUUUUUAAUUUGUAUACCGUCUUUCUAUCUUACAAUACUCAAGGCGGUUUACAAGCUGAAGAAACAAAAAAUGUAAAUCUUAUAACAAUCUAAUGCAAUACGAAAAUGUGAUAAUAAAACUUUAAAAUAGGCAACCUACAUCAAAAAAGUGUGGCCUUCUCUGUCCUUUAAGGGGCAACCCAGCCAGAUGGGUAGGGUAUAAAUAAUAAAAUGGUUGUUAUUAUUAAGGUUCACCAAGGGAGCCACAACCGUGCCGUCGCCCCUCCGGUAAUAAUCACCAUAUUUUUCGCUCUAUAAGACGCACCAGACCACAAGACGCACCUAGUUUUUGGAGGAGGAAAACAAGAAAAAAAAAAUUCUGAAUCUCAGAAGCCAGAACAGCAAGAGGGAUCGCUGCGCAGUGAAAGCAGCGAUCCCUCUUGCUGUUCUGGCUUCUGGGAUAGCUGCGCAGCCUGCAUUCGCUCCAUAAGACGCGCACACAUUUCCCUUUACUUUUUAGGAGGGAAAAAGUGAGUCUUAUAGAGCAAAAAAUACGGUAAUUUCCAAUGGGGACCGAAGGGUUGAAUAAGGCUGGGUUCUUAUCGGUCAGAGCCAACGGUUGGUGGGGGCAGUCCAGGUUUGGUUCAUCGUGCCAAAAGUUGUAAAUGUGGAAAAGAGUACACAUUUUACUACCGGCGAGAGGGUGCAUUGCUCCAGACCAGUGACUCAGGGCUGAGCAGGUAAUCAGUGUCACACUGUUCCAUCUCGCUUUGGGAAGGGAGUUUUCAUGACCAGUUCACUGAUUAGCAAAUUCUUUUCUUCCCAAGGCUAAUCUCACCUGUAGGAGAGAUUAGAAAGUUCACUCGUAACAUUUUAGAUCUUUUUUUUUUUUUUGAUUAAAAUUUGUGACCCGCUCUUUAAUCAAAUUACGUUGUCUUACAGUAAUACGCACUUUUAUUUUUAAAAAAGAAAACCCGCGUUAGAAAUAAGUCAGAAAUAGCAACUCUAUGAGCAACUGCAUUAAGCAAUACAAAGCAAAAUAGAUCAUUAAAAAGGCUGGCAGCCGGGCUGGGGGGAGAUGUUUCCCCCUGGAACUGGAAAUAACUUUAAAGGGCUAAAAGCUGCAAUGAAAUAUUAUUUGGAGACAUCUAAGGAGUUACGUGCCCUUCAAUCAGGCAAAUUAUGGGCUGCCGAGCUACUCAUCUUCUCAGUCUUCAUUGCAAAGGCAGCAUAAUCACAGGUAAAUGGUCAUGUUGUUUAAAUUAUUUCAAUUAAGUAUAAAAGGAAUUUCCCUUUUCUGGUCGCCUCGGGGGAGACCUGCAGGUUGGAUAGCCGUUCGACUUCAUGAAUAAGAAGCCUGAAGGGCCGUUUAACUGCAGAUCUUUUGCAAAUUUAAUUAAAACAAGGACAACCGGGGAUUUAAAUGGCAGGACAUCUCAAUUCGCUCCAGUCUGUAAUAAAAUGCUGUUAUAGGGCCACCUCAAUCUCUGCCAAGGGCCUCAGUUGGUAGAGCACAAUGCUUUUAAUCUCAAGGUUGUGGGUUCGAGCCCCUUGCGGGGUGACCCUCACAGUCCCUUCCAAGUCUGUGAUUCUGUGAUACUCUUCAAAUGUGGCCCAGGCAUUAUCCCUGCUCACUGUGGGUCUUUCAGGGGAGGGGAGCGCAUAGGCUGGAAGGGUGUAAUAAAAAACAUUUUAACAAAUAAUAGAGCUAAAUGAAAUAAACGUGUUUGCACAGGCAUUUGGUGACUGUGAGCAGGAGGAGCAAAGUGAGUUUGUUGCCAUAGCUGCUGUGUGUUCAGAAGAUGUUUUUAGUAGUGUUUUAAUAGUGUGUGUGUGUGUGUGUGUGUGUGUGUGUAUGUGUGUGUGUGUAUAUAUAUAUAUAUAUAUAGCGAGAGCGUGCACUAUUGUUGCUUUUGGUUUUGUAAGCUGCAGGCCAGGGCAGGGCGUUUGAAAUAAAUAAAUAGAAAGCUGGUUGUGCGGACUUCAAUGCUGAAGUAGGAUAGAUCUUAUUUUGUACCUCUUGCUGCUUUUUUCGGAACUGAAGGCAAUCUCUUUCCACAAAUCUCUUUCUUGCUAGCCCCACCCUCUGACCCCAUUGCAUUGAAUGGCCCCAAAUUUCACGCAUUGAGCUGAAGAUGGAGAUUUGAUUUAUAUGUGUUUACAGUAAGUACAACCUACUUGUUUGUGCCUCCGGUUCACCUGUCAAACGCUGGCAGUAUACAUGAGGUCAAGAGUGUGAUCAUCCAGCACGAUCCUGUUCCCCUGUGUUUGUUCACUAGAUGUGCGGAGUGUUGGUUGGAAGAGAGGGCUCUUGUAUUCUUCGGUUUCAGAAAAUACAGAUGUUUCCCUUCCUCCAUUGACGUUUUCCCCUGAUUCUGUCAUUCAUCACUAUUGGCUCAAACCAGUUUUCACCCCGGCUGAUGCCGCUGCAGUCGGUAGGAUUCAUCUCUGCAUAAAACUACCAGCUUGGACUACCUAUUGGACAGUGCCAGUGAUGUCAUUAAUGUUGCAAACCGCUCUGAGAUCUAUGGGUGUAGGGUGGUAUACAAAAACAAAUUACAGUGGUAUCUCGGGUUAACACCUUAAUUCGUUCCAGAGGUCCGCUCUUAACCUGAAACUGUUCUUAACUUGAAGCACCACUUUAGCUAAUGGGGCCUCCCGCUGCCUCCGCGCGAUUUCUGUUCUCAUCCUGAAGCAAAGUUCUUAACCUGAGGUACUAUUUCUGGGUUAGCAGAGUCUGUAAGCUGAAGCCUCUGUAAGCUGAAGCGUCUGUAACCCAAAGUACCACAUCCUUCCCUUCCAUUCUGCAUUUUACAUCUCAUCUUCGCACCCCAAAAGUCUGGUUUCGUUUGUGAUUUGCAUUUUAGUUCCCGUGAGUUUGCUCCUCCUGUGGUUGGAGCUUUGAUGCAGCAACGCAGAGGUACGCCGGUGUGUGCGUUUUCAAGGAAGCGAGUUUGUGUGCUGGUACAUAGUGUAACCGCAACAAUUACACAGAGGCAAGAGGUCACAUUGAUCUGUGAGCACAGUUCCUGGGUGAAGUCAGUCCUGAACUCUGGCAACCCCCCUAGGCGCUUGUUGUUCUGUCAGAGGCCGCCGGCUCAGAACAACCUUGGGAAGAUUUGAGAAAACGCAUUUGUCCACCUGAAUCUUGGAGGCAAAUUGCCUACUGAUUACUCUCUCUGAAUUGUCCCCUUUACUUGGGACUGGUGGUACGUUCAGCUCCUGGCUGCUGCUCACAUCGCCGGCCUUUGUCCUUUUUUAAACCUCCCCCCAUUCUCUCCCCUCCCCAUUAUUCCCAGAUUGCACAAUUGUUCAAGAACAGCUUUGGACUGGGUGUUUUCGAAAGCCAUGCCUGUUUCCUCCGUGAACCGCUGGCCUUCGACCCAUUGUCUCGUAAGUCCUUCUGCCAACGGUAUUUUUGCCACCGCUCAUGUACUUUGUAGUCCUGACCUCUGCGUUGGGACGGAAACUUAAUAUCCGCACUGCCGGCUCCUACAGGAACCUGCCCACACGCUGAGAUUAUUGUUAUUUAACACUUGCAAAGCAGCCAAAGGCAAGGGCAAAGGACCUUUUUCAUCCAGAGGCAAAAGUGGGCAGCGAAUGUAAAAUUUUAUCUCUCUACACAGCCGGGUAUUUUCGCACGCGCCCGUUUCUGUUUCCCACCGGAGCGAGCAAGAAUCUUUCUCGGGGUUCAAGGACACGUUCCAGUCAGGCAAAAGUGCUCCAGGAAGAUGCAAAGCACAGCUGAGGUGUGGCCUGUGGAGAAAGGGCUUGGCUGGGGAGAAUCCUGAGGGCCAGAUGGAAAGGCUUGGAGGGCCUCCAGUCUUGGGAUUCCCCAUGCUUGAACAUGCACAGAGUUUUAACAGAGAAUGUUGUUGUUGUUUAGUCGUUUAGUCGUGUCCAACUCUUCGUGACCCCAUGGACCAGAGCACGCCAGGCACUCCUGUCUUCCACUGCCUCCCACAGUUUGGUCAAACUCAUGUUUGUAGCUUCGAGAACACUGUCCCACCAUCUCGUCCUCUGUCGUCCCCUUCUCCUUGUGCCCUCCAUCUUUCCCAACAUCUGGGUCUUUUCCAGGGAGUCUUCUCUUCUCAUGAGGUGGCCAGAGUAUUGGAGCCUCAGCUUCAGGAUCUGUCCUUCCAGUGAGCACUCAGGGCUGAUUUCCUUCAGAAUGGAUCGGUUUGAUCUUCUUGCAGUCCAUGGGACUCUCAAGAGUCUCCUCCAGCACCAGAAUUCAAAAGCAUUAAUUCUUCGGAUUUCAGCCUUCUUUAUGGUCCAGCUCUCACUUCCAUACAUCACUACUGGGAAAACCAUAGCUCUAACUAUACGGACCUUUGUCGGCAAGGUGAUGUCUCUGCUUUUUAAGAUGCUGUCUAGGUUUGUCAUCACUUUUCUCCCAAGAAGCAGGUGUCUUUUAAUUUCGUGACUGCUGUCACCAUCUGCAGAGAUCAUGGAGCCCAAGAAAGUAAAAUCUCUCACUGCCUCCAUUUCUUCCCCUUCUAUUUGCCAGGAGGUGUAGGCUGUCUAAUAGCAUUGGCAUCCAUCUGUCUCGAGAGACUAUCGAGUGCACCUCCGGAAGUGAAGUAAAACUGCUGUGUUAGGAGCACUGGAGUGACCUCCCCGGGGUGCAAGCCAGGGCAGAGUCUGUGGAGGUCCUGGGCUACCCAGACGACAAGACCCCCCUCUCAGCCUCGCUGAUGUAGUCCAAAGGAAAGCAGAGCAAAACCUUUAGCACCAGCUUGGCUGCAGAAGUUACCGGAAGGAGGCGUACAAGGCGCAAUCUGACCGGCUUAGGUCCGGAUUUGUGCAUGGUUUACUCCUGAACCUUGUCUUUCCCCAAAAAUAUCCCACAAGGCAGCAGAGAUUUUGGAUAAGGGUUUUCCUUUUUCCAAAUGUUUCAAUCAUUUUAAACUCUUUAAAAACCAUUUUUAAUUGAUAGCUUUCAUAUUGCUCAACGGCUUAACUACAACCAAGCGACGUGCAAAUGUUGUCAUGUAAAAAAGGUCUGAUUUGCGCAUUCCUGUUCAGCAGCAAUUUGUAAAAGACACGGACUCAUUUUGCUUUUAUUAAGUGAGUUUGUCUUAAUUUGAAUUUCUUGGCACAGAAUUGCAAUAUCAGAAAAGCACAAGUUGCGCUCUUCGUGUGAUGGGUAGCUCGGUCGGUAGAGCAUGAGGCACUUAAAUCUCCGGGUCGUGGGUUCGAGCCCAAUGUUGAUCGAAAGAUUCCUGCAUUGCCAAGUGAUGGACUUAGAUCAUAGGUAGAUCACGGAUCUGGCCCAAUCGCCUUCUAAAUCCGGCCCGCGGACGGUCCAGGAAUCAGCGUGUUUUUACAUGAGUAGAAUGUGUCCUUUUAUUUAAAAUGCAUCUCUGGGUUAUUUAUGGGGCCUGCCUGGUGUUUGUACAAGAGUAGAAUGUGUGCUUUUAUUUAAAAUGGCGUUAUUUGUGGGGCAUAGGAAUUCGUUCUUUUUUUUUCUUUUCAAAAUAUAGCCUGGCCCCCCACAAGGUCUGAGGGACAGUGGACUGGCCCCCUGCUGGAAAAGUUUGCUGACCCCUGACUUAGAUGAUCUUUGUGGACCAUUGCUGACCCUGAGUCUUAAAUGAUCCUCAUGGACCAUUCCAUCUCUACGAUUCUGUGUUUCUGUGAAUAAAGGAUGGUGCAGGAACGCAGGGUUGCUGGACAUCUGUGGCUCUCCAGAUGUGCUUAACCAAGGUGGCUGGAUGUUGUUGGAAGGGACCUAUGGGAAUGCAGAUUAAACCAACCAUUUGCUGCUCAGGAGCCUAUGGUGGCACCGACCAACGGGAAGUCAAGAUAAAACCAGCGUGAAGAUUCACUGCAAAGCAAGGAAAGGAAUUUCCCCCAAAGUCAGGGGAGAGCCGGGAAUAGAACCCAACACCUUGUGACUCCUGGUCAGAUGCUUCCAAGCUCCCAUCAUCGCGUUCAUCUCUCUUCAAACGGAAAUCUUAAAAAUGAUUCAUCUUUUGAAAAGCGAGUGCCGAAGAGAACAAAGCAUGAGACAUCGGAGCCAGACUUAGGAGCUCAGUCUCUGGACUUCAAAAAUCAUUAUGAAAUAAGUUCUGGGAAAGGGCAGGGUGGAGAGGCUGAAUUAUCCUUUACUCCCGAGGAGCUCAGGGUAGCUUUCUGUCCUCACAACAACCCUGUGAGGUAGGUUAGGCUGAAAGACUGUGGCUGGCCCAAGGUCACCCAUUGGGCAUCAUGGCUGAGUCAGGAUUCGAACCCUGGUCUCCAAGCUCUUAGUCCUUGUAUUGGGUGGCGGGGGAGGGGGGAGACUGGUGGAUAAAAUACUGGGCUAAAUGUAUCAGUGGUAAGACAGCUUCAAACUGCUCGGUGUGGUAACUGGGUGGUCUGUUGUUUGUUUAUUUUGUAGAAGUGUAGAUUUGGAAGGGACCAUGAGGGUCAUCUAGUCUAACCCCCCCAGCAAUGCAGGAAUCACAGCUAAAGAAGAAUCCCUGACAGAUGGCCAUUCAAGCUCUCCCAGGAUAGUUCUUACGAGCACAAUUCAAAGUGUUGGUGCUGACCUUGAAAGCCCUAAACGGCCUCAGCCCAGUAUACCUGAAGGAGCGUCUCCACUCCCCUCGUUCUGCCUGGACACUGAGGUCCAGCGUCGAGGGCCUUCUGGCAGUUCCCUCGCUGUGAGAAGCCAAACAUUAAAAGCUUCCCUAAACAGGGCUGCCUUCAGAUGUCUUCUGAAAGUCAGGUAGUUGUUUAUUUCCUUGACACCUGAUGGGAGGGCGUUCCACAGGGCGGGUGCCACCACCGAGAAGGCCCUCUGCCUGGUUCCCUGUAACCUCACUUCUCGCAUCGAGGGAACCUCCAGAAGGUCCUCGGAGCUGGACCUCAGUGUCCAGGCAGAACGAUGGAGGUGGAGACGCUCCUUCAGGUAUACUGGACCAAGGCCAUUUAAUGCUAUCUUCCCUUAAAUAUAACAGGCGCAGCUUGUGUCACAAUAAAUCUUUGCAAUGUACAGUGUUUUUCCAAUGGAAAACCAGAUGAUGUGAGCAUCAAAUGUAUGUUGCAUAACACCCACAUAACACAAAUGGCAAAAUUGGUGUGAAUCCAUUCAUUUCAAUCUCCCUCACAUCCCUAUUGGGUUUAAAACAGCCAGCAUUAGAAUAGAUGCUGAUAAAUGGUCUGUCGCUAAAAUUCAAGCUUUGCAAAAUGGCCUGUAUUUAUCAUCAUAUUUUUGGUAAGCAGUUUGUUUGGUCAAUAAGGGGGGGUGUGUGCAAUACAUGAGAGGAGGGGGAAGCCUGUAUUAACCAGUCUGACAUCGUUGACUUUCCUUUUGCUUUGGUCUCUUAUUAGAUUUCCAGAAUCUUCAGAAAUAGAGAGGGAUGUGACUUGUGUGUGCUUAAAGCAGGUAUGGGGAACCAAGACCCUCCAGAUUCUGUGGAACUGAAACUCUCAUUAGCCGCAGCAAGCCUGGCGAUAGAAACAUAGAGUUGCAAAGGAACUCCAAAGGACAUCUAGACCAACCUGCCACAGUGCAGGAAUCAGUGGUCAGAAGUGAUGGGAGCUUCAGUUCAGCAACAUCUGGAGGGCCCAAGUUUCCCCAAACCUGUGCUUAAAGCAUCAAACACAACUUUGCUGUCUAUCCUGGAAGGAUGCAAUUAGUCACUGAAAUAAAUAUGAUUUCAGGGAUCAACAUGACAUAGAUACCAGUUUCUUAGAGCGAAAGGUUUGGACAAGUUUUGUAGCCUUGGUUUCCCCCCGCAACAGACCUAACAGAAACCCUCUAGAAGUUAUAUGUAAAAUAAUAAUAAUAAUACUUCAGAACAGUUCUCCGACCAAAUCAUUGCAGCGCCCUUGCGAUUGAUCCAAAGGCUUUUUCGGCGAUUAAUCCUAACCGAUUCCUCAGCUGCGCUAGCUACAGAAAAAGAAGGCGUGGAAGAAUUGCGUUAGGAAUGUUCAUGUGUUCUUCUCGUAAGACCAAGAUUAGGCCGAUAAACCACAUUAAAAAAAAGAGUCAUGCUUGUUGCUCCUUGUUACUAUAACCAUCCGCUGGUGGGGUUUUUUUUUUAUCAGUUCCUGGGCUUUGGAGUAUUAAAUAAAUGGCCAGAAGCUAAGAUUUUCAUCCCACAGCUUAGUUUUGGGUGCGGUCUCCUUGCUUCUCUUCCAUUUGGCCAGUCAGCUGAAAGAGGCUGGAGAAUUGACUCUGGUUCUGCCCCAGCAGGUUUGCAGGAAUUCGUUUAGGAGACAUGACAUCCUGCUUGUUUGUCUCUUCUCAACUCGGCUGAUCGCUGCUCUUUUGUGUACCGCAAAUAACAUACGUUCAGAAAGGCUAGCUAUAUAUCCGAAGGGCACAGCGGAGCGGAAGUCGUGCUGAAGUUUCAUUGGAAUUAAUGAGGCGUGUUGUGGCUAAUUGCUUGUUGCACUCAUUUCAUGGGGGAUAUGAAACGUCCUUUGCACUGGGAAGGGGGUCAGAACUUGCAGCCUUUAUCCAGCGGGUCUCCUCAGCACAUGGGUGCAACGUGAACAUUCGUACUAAAAAACGUGGCUUCGGUUUACAUGGGGGAAAGACGGUUCUGUUUGCAGGUCUCACGGCUGCAGAGCUCAAUUUAAAAUGAGAAGAGAAACAAAACAAAGAAGGAUGAGGGGCAAAGAUACCACGAGACUUAAUCUCAGGGUUGUGAGUUUGAGCUCCACGUUGGGCAGAAGAUUGUUGUUGUUGUUGAGUCGUUUAGUCGUGUCCGACUCUUCGUGACCCCAUGGACCAGAGCACACCAGGCACUCCUGUCUUCCACUGCCUCCUGCAGUUUCGUCAAACUCAUGCUGGUAGCUUCGAGAACACUGUCCCACCAUCUCGUCCUCUGCUGUCCCCUUCUCUUUGUGCUCUCCAUCUUUCCCAUCAUCAGGGUCUUUUCCAGGGAGUCUUCUCUUCUCAGGAGGUGGCCAAAGUCUUGGAGCCUCAGCUUCAGGAUCUGUCCUUCCAGUGAUCACUCAGGGCUGAUUUCCUUCAGAAUGGAGAGGUUUGAUCUUCUUACAGUCCAUGGGACUCUCAAGAGUCUCCUCCAGCACCAGAAUUCAAAAGCAUCAAUUCUUUGGCGAGGGGGUUAAACUAGAUGAUUCUCGUGGUCCCUUACAACUCUGCAGUUCUAUGAUUAUAAUGGUGCAUCUCUUUACAUAACUACUCAAAAGCAAGCCUCGUUGAAUGCAAUGGGGCUUACUCCCAGGUAACCAGGGAUCAGUGUGUGAUUUCCUCCUGCAGGAGUGCGGAACCUGAGGUUCUCCAGAUCUUGUGUGAAUACAGCUGCCUUGGUCAGGCCACACCUACUAAAGCAUCCAUGACAGAUGGCCAUCCAACCUCUGCUUAAAAACCUGCAAGGGAGGAGAGUCCACAACUUCCCAAGGGAGAACGUUCCAGUGUUAAACAGCUCUUACUGUCAGAAAGUUCUUCCUGAUGUUUAAGUCGGAAUCUUCUUUGCUUGUAACUUGAAGCCAUGGGUUCAGGUCCUACUCUCCAGAGCAGGAGAAAACAAGCUUGCUCCAUCCUCCAUGUGACAGCCCUUGAAAUAUUUGAAGAUGGCUAUCUUAUCUCCUCUCCGCCUCCUCUUUUCCAGGUUAAACAUACCCAGCUCCUUCAACCUUUCCCAUAAGGCUUGGUAACCAGACCUUUGAUCAUCUUGGUUGCCCUCCUCUGCACACCCUCCAGCUUGUCAACAUCCUUCCUAAUUUUGUUGCUCAGAAUUGGACACAGAAUUGGCAGAACAGAGUAGUGCUAGUACUUUCCCUGAUUUGGACACUAGACUUCUGUUGAUGCAGCCUAGAAUAGCAUUAGCGUUGUUGUUUUUUGUUGUUGCUGCUGCAUCACCUGCUUGACACUUCAUAAGCGUGUGGUCCACCAAGACCCUUAGAUCCUUUUCACAUGUACUGUUAGAGUAGGUCUAAAUCCUGAUAUUUUUACAGAUUCCAGGAGUUGCUUUGGAUCUGUUGUACAGUGGUACCUCGGGUUAAGAACUUAAUUAAUUCUGGAGGUCCGUUCUUAACCUGAAACUGUCCUUAACCUGAGGUACCACUUUAGCUAAUGGGGCCUCCCACUGCUGCCGCGCCGCUGCCGCCCGAUUUCUGUUCUCAUCCUGAAGCAAUGUUCUUAACCCAAGGUACUAUUUCUGGGUUAGCGGAGUCUGUAACCUGAAGCGUCUGUAACCUGAGGUAGCACUGUAAGACAUUUAUGAGCCACUUUACCAUAUACUCCCCUCAGUGCGCAUGUUGGAAGUCAUAAAAGUAAAGGACCCCUGACAGUUAAGUCCAGUUGCGAACGACUCUGGGGUUGUGACGUUCCUCUCACUUUACUGGCUGAGGGAGCCGACGUUUGUCCACAGAUAGUUUUUCCGAGUCGUGUAGCCGGCAUGACUAAGCCGCUUCUGGCGAACCAGAGCAGCACACGGAAACGCCGUUUACCUCCCCGCCAGAGUAGUACCUAUUUAUCUACUUGCACUGGUGUGCUUUCGAACUGCUAGGCUGGCAGGAGCUGGGACCGAGCAACGGAAGCUCACCCCAUCGCGGGGAUUCGAACCGCCGACCUUCCCAUCGGCAAGCCCAAGAGGCUCAGUGGUUUAGACCACAGGGCCACCUGCGUCCCGUUGGAAGUCAUAGAACCAUAGAAUUGUAGAGUUGGAAGGGGCCGAGGGAGGAGCGUUGGGUUCUUUCUUUUCCUAGUAGAUUUCCACAGCAUGUAGCUGCCAGAAUUCAGGACUUCCUCUUCCUGCUUGGCAAAGACCUGGCAUUCCACGAGACUCCGGCUCUGAAGUGGCUCGUCCCACCCUAAUCCCUUGGUAGAUAAUUGAUCACAUCAGCCAACGCUCGGCAACUUUGCCACAAUUGGCAGCCGUGGCUGGUUGUGGGAGUUCCAGGAUUGGCGUGGCCAAGGGAGGAGCAGGCCAGAGGGCAUUGGUGGAGCUGGGGCAGAGAGAGGCGCCCGCCAGCCGUCUCCAUCUCUGGCCCACACAGUCAGGGCUUUUGUCCAAGGACACAGCGAAUACUCCAGGGCACGUUAAUUGCAAGCGGGGAGAAGCAGAGAGGCAGUUGCGUGGGCAGGAGGCAGUGGCGGGAAAGAAGGAAUUGCGGAAGAAGUGCAGGCGUGACCCGCUCAAAGCCAGGCUUGAAAUUAGGUCCACACCCUGCCCUACAAAAGUGGAAUCUGAUGCUCAAGUGUUUUUUCCCCCUCCCCUAGAGAUGGGGCAGAAAUACCAUUUAAAGGUGAGCCCACCUGACUCACGCUUUCUAAAGCAGCAUGUGGGACAAAGCACCACCAUUCUUCAAAUUUCUCUGAAUUAUUUUUUUGCAACGCAGUUCUCUGGAUGAGUACAGUCAUACCUCGGGUUAAAGGAGCUACGGGUUGAGUGUUUUCGGGUUGUGCUCCAUGGCGACCCAGAAGUAACGGAACACGUUACUUCUGGGUUUUGCUGCUUGCGCAUGCGCAGCCGCUAAAAAUGAUGUCAGGUGCAGACACGGCGAAUCGUGACAUGUGCAGAUGCGGGUUGUGUUCGCUUCAGGAUGCGAACGGGGCUCCAGAACGGAUCCCGUUCACAUCCAGAGGUACCACUGUAAUGAGAAACAAGCAAACAAGCAAACAUGCAUAUACAGUGGUACUUCGGGUUAAAUACUUAAUUAGUUCCGGAGGUCUGUUCUUAACCUGAAACUGUUCUUAACCUGAAGCACCACUUUAGCUAAUGGGGCCUCCUGCUGCUGCCGCACUGCCAGAGCACGAUUUCUGUUUUUAUCCUUAAGCAAAGUUCUUAACCUGAAGCACUAUUUCUGGGUUAGCAGAGUCUGUAACCUGAAGAGUCUGUAACCUGAAGCGUAUGUCACCCGAGGUACCACUGUACUGUGGUAAAGCGUGCCUAAAAAUGCAUGUAUCAUCAAAAGCAGCAUUUGGAAUCAUAGAAUUGUAGAGUUGGAAGGGGCCCUGAGGGUUAUCUAGUCCAACCCUCAGCAAUGCAGGAGUCGCAGAUGAAGCAUCCUUGACAGAUGGCCAUCAAACCUCUGCUUAAAAACCUGUAAGGAAGGAGAGUCCACAACCUCCUAAGGGGGACCUUUCCACUGUCAUACUGUCAGAAAGUUCUUCCUGAUGUCCUUUCUUGUAGUGUGAAUGCAUUGGUUUGAGUUCCCCUUCAGAAUAGCAGGAAACAAGCCCAUUCCCUCUUCCAUGUGACCGCCCAUCUGAAGAUGGCUAUCACAUCUUUCAGUCUCCUCUUUUCCAGGCUAAGCAUACCCAGCUCCUUCGACCGUUCCUCAUGCGGCUUAGUUUCCGGACCCUUGAUCAUCUUGGUUGCCCUCCUCUGCACACCUUCCAGCCAGGGGUGGAGGAAAGGGGGUGCGGCAGGUGCGGGCCACCCUGGGUGUCACCACUGAGGGGGGUGGCAAAAUGCCAGGCAGCACUCACCGCAGGGCCUGCAGUGCACCCGAGCCACACGUCUCUCAUACUGAGAGCCAGUAUGGUGUAGUGGUUAAGAGUGGUAGUCUCGUAAUCUGGGGGACCAGGUUCGUGUCUCUGCUCCUCCACAUGCAGCUGCUGGGUAACCUUGGGCCAGUCACACUUCUUUGAAGUCUCUCAGCCCCACUCACCCCACAGAGUGUUUGCUGUGGGGGAGGAAGGGAAAGGAGAAUGUUAGCCGCUUUGAGACUCCUUAAAGGGAGUGAAAGGCGGGAUAUCAAAUCCAAACUCCUCCUCUUCUUCUUCUUCUUCUCCUGGGAGAGACACAGUGGCUUGGGCGCACUCAGGCUCUAUGCUGCCCAAACGGUCCACCCACUGUCUCCCCCCAGCUGUAGGGCGGCUGAGUGGGAGGAGGCAGGCAGGCUUUGGAGGCCCCAAGGUGCACCCCGCCCCUAUGGGCAGCUCUCCCCGACCCUGGGCGCACCGCCAUGCGCCCGCACGGCUUCCUCUGCCGCUGCUUACAGCUCGUCAACAUUUAAAAGCGUGCAUUAUAUCAGGGACCGUUCUUUGCAAAAAAAAAAACGAUGUCCGUAUUAGGCGAAGUUGUAUUCAAAGACGAGUAUAUUAGGAGAAAAUGCUGAUGAAUCGCAAAUCGAUGUAGAGAACUGAACUUUCGAUGGGGAGGGGCGGGAUUGAGACCACCUAACACCGACAAAUUUACCAACUGUUUUGCCGUGUCAGCGUUUCAAAAAAACGUUUUACCCUGUGCAGCAAACACUAUCCUCUGCUCCGCUUUAUGCCUUUUUGAUGACGAGGAAAGCAGCCGUUCUGUUCAGUUUGCACAACUAUUUUUGGACGGAGCUGUAUCUCACUUUUCAGCAAAAACGCGUUUCCUUGUUAACUGUAACUUUGAGGGCAACUGCAGGGGCAAUUCUGCAGGUGAGAAGGAUGAUCCUUAUGCAUUCCCACCCUUGCCGCUUCUCUCUUCAUCCCGACAAUCUCCUCCCUUGCUUAUUUCCAGUCUUAAGAGGCAGCUUGGGGGAAGAGGGAAAGCAGCCAGGGAGGCUGCUGGGGAGAAGGAGCCGGUGGGCAAAGGGUUAAGCGCUCCCUCCCUCCUACUGCCUUUCACCUGCCUGUGCCCUUUCCAUCCCGGCAAGGCAAACAGAGGGGUGUGACGCCUGUUGCUUGUGAAAUUCUGCCCACUGGCAUAGCAGUGAAUCAGCAUGUUUUCUUCUUUUCUUUAUCCGUUUUUUUGCAAGGUGAAUGGCUUCGUAGCCGCCGAGGUGGCAGCUCGUACAAAAUUUGGGCUGAAACGAAGGUGGGCGGAAAAGCCACAUUCCUGGCAGGUUGACCUUUCCUGAGCUUGGCAUGCAAAGUAUCAGCGUGGCAGAAAAGGCACCUGGCCUAACCCUGCACCUCUCCCCACACUGCACCUCUCCCCACACUGCAGGGUUGAGGAGUCCUUUUUAGCUCCACAUUGUCUUCUGAGGACCGCAUGCCAGUACAGUGGUACCUCGGGUUAAGUACUUAGUUCGUUCCGGAGGUCCGUUCUUAACCUGAAACUGUUCUUAACCUGAAGCACCACUUUAGCUAAUGGGGCCUCCUGCUGAUGCUGCGCUGCCGGAGCACGAUUUCUGUUCUCAUCCUGAAGCAAAGUUCUUAACCUGAAGCACUAUUUCUGGGUUGGCGGAGUCUGUAACCUGAAGCGUAUGUAACCUGAGGUACCACUGUACUGGGCAGGACCGGAGGCCAAACUGGGCCGAGCGACAAAUGCACCUUUUACCUUUGCACAGUGGGCCUCUGUGAGGAGCGAGCCGGCAGUAAAUCACACCGUGCAAGUUGGUGUUAACUCUUUGUUUGCAAGAAGAGGAUCUGCACAGACUUGGCGGAGUGUCAGGUCUAAUGAGCUGAUAGGUCUUGCCUCCAUGGAUCAGACGGCCCACAGCCAUCUAAGUCCCCUCCUCUCCAUUGUUUUCCUCAAGCAAUCGGAGACCUUGCCUGCGUGCAGCCAACCUCUCCUCCGCCCUUUUCAUGCCUCUUCUGGUUCUGGGAGACCUGCGUGGAGGGCAGCUUGUUGCAUCAAGAGGGGGACACACCUGUGACUCUUCACCAGUCAGACUCCUCUCUGCCUCUUGGCCUCUCUCCUCUCCUGCUUCAGCUUCUCUGCCACACACUCUCCCAGCUCACUAAGCCCUGUUACCUCUUCAGCUUCUGACACCUCCUCUUCCUCCUCACAGCUGUCCAUGGAGGCGCAGGUCAGUUCUGUGUCCAGGGCAGUUGUCUACCAGCUCCACCUGGUACGCAGGCUGAGACCCUACCUGCCCGCAGACUGUCUCGCCAGAGUGGUGCAUGCUCUGGUUAUCUUUCGCUUGGACUACUGCAAUGCGCUCUACGUGGGGCUACCUUUGAAGGUGACCCAGAAACUACAACUAAUCCAGAAUACAGCAGCUAGACUGGUGACUGGAAGCGGCCGCUGAGACCACAUAACACCGGUCCUGAAAGACCUACACUGGCUCCCAGUACGUUUCCGAGCACAAUUCAAAGUGUUGGUGCUGACCUUUAAAGCCCUAAACGGCCUCGGCCCAGUAUACCUGAAGGAGCGUCUCCACCUCCAUCGUUCUGCCCGGACACUGAGGUCCAGCUCCGAGGGCCUUCUGGCGGUUCUGUGUGCUGCUCUGGUUCGCCAGAAGCGGCUUAGUCAUGCUGGCCACAUGACCCGGAAGCUGUACGCCGGCUCCCUCGGCCAAUAAAGCGAGCUGAGCGCCGCAACCCCAGAGUUGGCCACAACUGGACCUAAUGGUCAGGGGUCCCUUUACCUUUACCUUUAAACAGAUUUAAGAUUUGUUCUUUACAAUACAAAGCACUAUAGAAAUGAAAUGAACAGCAAUAGUGAUGAAUUCCAUUGCAAAACAAAAAACAGCACCUAAACAUUUCCAUGGUGGCGACCGCAACUUAGGUUUACGGUGCCAUUGGCUGCUCUGGACCAUUUGGCUCGAUUUGCAUGCAGCUCUCGCCUGACCUGUCAAGAAAACACACCUGCAGGCUCUCUGCUGCUGCUGCUAGGAGCACCCAAGCAGGAGAAGUCACCACAAAGCUGUUGUGUGAACACCUUCAAGCCUGCCUUCUCGCUGUGUUGUGCUUUGCAUGCCGCAAAUGACCUUGGCGGCAGCUAAUCAGAAAGCUUUCCAGUGUGGCUGCUUUGUUGACCGAAGUUGUUCUGGCACCUGUGAACAUCCACUUCCAGCUGCUUGCAAGAGAAUUCUUCAGCAUGAGAGAGCUUGUUCCCACGGUGGCCAGGCAGAUGUCUUUGGGGAGUCUUGCGGGAAGGGCGAUAGCUCAGGCAGUGAUUAAGCACAUUCUUUGCAUGCAAAAGUUCCCAGGCUCAAUUGUGGGUGUCUGCAGCCCGGGCUGGAAAAGACCCCCUUCCUGAAACCCUUGGAGAGCUGCUGCCAGCCCUUGUUGGCAGUAUGGAGCAAGGCAGACCAAAUCUUCUGAUAUUUGGUAUAAGGUACCACCUCCUGGAUGAAGGACGCGGGUGGUGCUGUGGUCUAAACCACAGAGCCUAGGGCUUUCCGAUCAGAAGGUCGCGGUUUGAAUCCAUGUGACGGGGAGAGCUCCUGUUGCUCUGUCCCAGCUCCUGCCCACCUAGCAGUUUGAAAGCACAUCAAAGUGCAAGUAGAUAAAUAGGCACCGCUCCAGUGGGAAGGUAAACGAUGUUUCCGUGCGCUGCUCUGGUUCGCCAGAAGCGGCUUAGUCAUGCUGGCCACAUGACCCGGAAGCUGUACGCCGGCUCCCUCGGCCAAUAAAGCAAGAUGAGCGUGCAACCCCAUAGUCACCUUUGACUGGACUUAACCAUCCAGGGGUCCUUUACCUUUUUUUACCUUUGAAAACCUGGCAUCUCUGGCUAAAGUCCACCCAUUUCUUUGAAUUAAUUAAACGAAAUAGUUUUAACUGGAUUUCGAAUUAACUGGUCCUUUUUGAAUUUUACUGUGUCCUCUUCCUUAGUGGGCUGUGGAACCGCUAGUCUGAAUGGUGCUUUUAAUUUUAUUUAUUUAUCGCAUAAAAUUUACACACUGCUUGAUUGCAUAAAAGCCUCAAAGCAGUUUACGAGAAGACAGUAACAUCAAGAAAAAUUCAUGACCCUACUUUGAAACAUACAAAGUUAAAGCACUGAAACUUUAAUCCUAACCGUCUGGGUCGGCUUGUCUCAACAAGAAUGCUUUUAGCCGGCCCUGAUCAGAGUACAGUGAAGGCACCUGCUUGGUCUCAAUCGGAAGUGAGUUCCAAAGUGCUUUGUGCAGCCGGAAUUCCCUGGAUCUCCCUAAAUCCAGCGCCAAACACCUCGAACUUUGCCUGGGAGCAGAUUGGUAACCAGUGCAGAUCUCUGGGCACUGAGCUUUUUAUAGGGUAGGGGGCACUGGGGAUGGGUUUAUGGAACCAAGCGGGUGGCGGCUAGAAAAAGGAAAUUGCUGGUUUAAGUCCGCUUCCUAUAUUCCUGAGCCCAGAAGCAGUUGCUGCCCAGCAGCCGACGUUCAGGCAUAUGGAACUGAAAGUUGCAAAUAAAAUUCAGUAGGGCAAAGGAACUGCUAUGGAUGUGUGUGCUAUGAUUGAGGGAGGAAACAGAGCGCUGCUCCCUCGCUCUCCAAUUUCUGCACCGCCCCCCCCCCGGUGAUAAUCUGUUCUGCCAGGGGAGAGCAGACCCAGAUCCCGUUUCCUCCCUAGCAAGGAAUAAUCCGUCCUUGCGAUGGGAGCAGCUGGAGUGCUGGACUUGGACGCCCAACUCCUUGGUUACUGGCCAAGCCUAUGGCAGAUUUUGCCUAUCUUCCAUGUGUUCUGUGCUACAACUCCCAAAAGCUGCAGCUGGCACAGUCCCAGAGUGGUUUUAACAGCCAACCCCCUUACCCAGGGAGUUUUGGGAAUUGUAGCUUGGGGUAAGAUAGGGGGCCUCCUUACACUUCUCAGCACCCUUAGCAAACUACAACUCCCAUAAUUCUUUUUUUUGGGGGGGAUGGAGAGACAUGACUGUUAACAGUGCUUUUAUGCAUGGUGUGAAAGUGGCCUGACAUGAAGACCAACUUGUGUUUCAGUUUGAGUGUGGUUUCGGUCGGCUCAUCUUUGAAUGUGAAAGGAGUCAAAUUGCUGUCCCAUCCUUUGGAGAAAGAGAGAAGAAGGCAUAAAGAUCACAAAGCCCCCACAAUUGGCCCUACUGUCAAAGAAUAAUAAAUAAUAGAAUUCUAGAGUUGGAAGGGACCCAGUUCAGGAAUCCUCUGCCCAACUUGGGGCUCAAACCUACCACCCUAAGAUCAAGAGCCUUGUGUUCUACCAGCUGAGAUAUUCUGCAGGGCUCUCGAAUGCCCUUCCUGGGCAAAUCCAGAUUUUUUUGCCUUGUCACUUUUGACUGCCAGCGCGGCAACAUUGAGCCAUCCGAAGCGGAGUCCGCAGGUGUUGCGGAAGAAUGCUGGGCGCCCUGCCACGGCAAACACAGCUUACCUCUGCCCUUGAUAAUCAUGGGUGGGUGUUGGAAGUGACUUGCAUUUCUUCCUUCUUUCCCCCCUCCUUUCAACAAGCUUUUCAAACGCUCCUGCCGUCCCAGGAACGCACCAUGAGCGGCAGAAUUAAGGGGCUUGGGAGAGGCUGGCUUCUGGUGGGCAAGGGAAGAAGGGAGGGUUGAAUUGCAGGUGGAUCUGUUUCAGGGUUUGUUGUGCCGCUAAGCUCAGAGGGACGCGGGUGGCGCUGUGGGUUAAACCACAGAGCCUAGGACUUGCCGAUCAGAAGGUUGGCGGUUCGAAUCCCCGCGACGGGGUGAGCUCCCAUUGCUCGGUCCCUGCUCCUGCCAACCUAGCAGUUCGAAAGCACAUCAAAGUGCAAGUAGAUAAAUAGGCACCGCUCCAGCGGGAAGGUAAACAGCGUUUCCGUGCGCUGCUCUGGUUCGAGAGAAGCGGCUUAGUCAUGCUGGCCACAUGACCCGGAAGCUGUACGCCGGCUCCCUUGGCCAAUAAAGCGAGAUGAGCGCCGCAACCCCAGAGUCGGCCAUGACUGGACCUAAUGGUCAGGGGUCCCUUUACCUUUACCUUAAGCUCAGAACAAGAAGGCACCGUCAGGCCUAUGGGGGGGCACGUUAAUUGGAAAAAUGCAAGCUGCUCCCUCCCACAAGCUCUUUCAGAGCGAAAGAAAGUAUCUCAACAGAAGUGGGGAUGUUUGAAUUCUCACAAAUGCUUGGGAAGGAGAGUCAGUAGGGCAUCCUCUGUGAAGGGCAGGAUCAUAACCAUCAUAGGAAAUGCAGGAUACAAAUGUCAACGAAUGAAUGAUGAAGUUCAUCCGUCCUUAGCUUCCCUUCCUCUCCUGCCUUUUCCAUAAUAUUCUUUAUUGAUUUUCAUUUACAUACUCCACAUACACAUAUUGUAUUACAUUUUACAUUUAUAUUUACUCCUAAGAGCUGACUUCCUUCCUUCCUUCCUUCCUUCCUUCUGGAUUUUUAUAUCACAUCUAAAUUUUUCGCAUUGUCUUCAUCCAUUUUGUAUAUUCUUGUUCUUCUUUCGUAUUUGUCCGUAGAGUGUCUAUAGCGAAAUAAAUCCUCCUGUAUAUGCAAUUCUUAUUGUCUGUCUGUACAGUGGUACCUCUGGAUGUGAACAAGAUCCGUUCCGGAGCUCUGUUCGCAUCCAGAAACGAACGCAACCCACGUCUGCAGGUCGCGAUUCACCGCUUCCGCACAUGCGUGUGACGUCAUUUUGACCGUCUACGCAUCUGUGAGCGGCGAAACCUGGAAGUAACACGCUCCAUUACUUCCAGAUCGCCGCAGCUCGCAACCCGAAAAUACUUAUCCCGAAGCUACUUCAACCCGAGGUAUGACUGUAUUCAUUUACAACUACCAUUGGUUAGAUUAAUCAUGUCAUACAUUUUACUUUUUAUUAUUUUCUUUAUCCAGAAAUUUUCUUUGUAUUUCCCAUUAUGAGGUUUAUUUCGGUUCUACUGGUUUCACUAGUUCACCUUAUCCUUCCUAUCUAUGACAUAAAUUUUUCCCAUUCUUUUUGAAAUGUUUCAUCGCCCUGUUGUCGAAUUUCCCCCGUUAAUCUAGCUGUUUCUGCAUAUUCCAUUACCUUCUGUCGCCAUUCUUCUGCCGUUGGUAAUUGCUGCUGUUUCCUUUUGUAAAAAAAUAAAUUUUUAUUAGUUUUCAAUAUAAUCAUACAAUUUUAUCCAAAUUUUACCUGAUUUUAACAAAAUACACAUUUUGGACUUCCUUCAACUUCUCUGGUAAUCGUCCAUUUUUACCCUUCAGUACGCAUUCCUUUAAUUGCAUUGCCAUUUAUCUUCCCUUCCUUUUCUAUUUACUUUCAGCAAUACCUCUUAAAAUUUUACAGUGCAUCUUGAAACCCCACUAGCGUUAAUUGCUGCUGUUUCCAAACCUGGGCUAACAAGAACCUUGCCGCUGUUGUUGCAUAUAAGAACACUUUCUGGUCAUUCUUAGUAAUGUCUUCUCCUACCAUUCCCAAAAAGAAUGCCUCUGGCUUUUUCAAAAACGUAUAUCUAAAUAUCUUCUUUAAUUCAUUAUAUAUGUUUCCCCAAUAUGUUUUUACCUUAUCACAUGACCACCGCAUGUGAACGAAACUACCUUCUAUGAGGGGUUUGGGUCUCAUUUCCUCUCCUGCCUAUGGCGGCUAGAAAGGUCGUGAGGAGGUGGCACAUUUUUUGGCCUUGCCGCUAUUUAGAUUAGAGGCUGUCAACUUAGAAAUGAGUUUGAUUAUAGUCAACACAAGGGCAGAUUUCUUUUGGGACUCGGCCGCCUCUGGCUAAGCCAGGUCUGCAAAACAGCCAAGUAUAAGAACUGUAGUUAUUAAUAACUGUGCUAUUAAUACAGGUAAAAUUAGCAGCGGGCUUUGUGUUUCUGCAUGCGCACCUGUUCCCAUAAGCCUGUUUUGUUAUUUGUUACGGCAGGUAGAGGGACGCUCGGCAGGUAAUCAGACCAGACAAGAGAGAUACGGCUGCAUCGGAAUUCUAAAACUGAAUUUACCUGGGAGUAGACGCGGGUGGCGCUGUGGGUUAAACCACAGAGCCUAGGACUUGCCGAUCAGAAGAUCGGCGGUUCGAAUCCCCGCGACGGGGUGAGCUCCCGUUGCUCGGUCCCUGCUCCUGCCAACCUAGCAGUUCGAAAGCAUAUCAACGUGCAAGUAGAUAAAUAGGUACCACUCCGGCGGGAAGGUAAACGGCGUUUCCAUGCGCUGCUCUGGUUUGCCAGAAGCGGCUUAGUCAUGCUGGCCACAUGACCCAGAAGCUGUACUCCGGCUCCCUCGGCCAAUAAAGCGAGCUGAGCGCCGCAACCCCAGAGUCAUACGCGAUUGGACCUAAUGGUCAGGGGUCCCUUUACCUUUACUAGAUGCGGGUGGCGCUGUGGGUUAAACCACAGAGCCUAGGACUUGCCAAUCAGAAGGUUCUGAUGGUCAGGGGUCCCUUUACCUUUACCUUUUAAGUCUGCCAGUGGGCUUUAACUUCCAAAUAAAUGUUCAAAGGAUUUCGCUGUUCACUGAAAAAAUUUGGAUCCUGGGUGCUUCCCCUGAAACAUAACCCAGGACACAGUUUGGAUGCUGGGAGGUUGGAAUAUGUGAAGUAAUGAUAGAAAAGAGUUUCCCUGGGCAUGAGCUAAGUAGUUUUCAUUCAUUUCUACAGCAUUGCCGAUACUACAAGAAGCUCAGCAAACAGGCAUCGUAGGAUCCUAGAGUUGGAAGGGAUCUUGAGGGUGCAACCCCCUGCAAUGCAGGAAUCUCAGCUAAAUCUCCAGGAAAUCUUGCCUAGUCGUAGAAAAGAAAGCACAAGCCAAAUUGCAAAUGUUCCCUAAAGUGACAACAGAUUGAUGUCCUAAUUCAUGCUCAAUGUAACGUAAUAUAUUUUCAUCAUUCAUGUUCUGUAUUGUGUUUUUAAUCAGCCCUGGGAUCUUUUGAUAAAGGGCGGUAUAUAAAUUGAAUAAAUGAUAAUGUAGUGAGAUGGAGACAAAUAAAGUAGUAUGCGCACAGAAAUUAUGAAUCUGCAAAUUAGUAUGGUGAUCCAGACUGCUGCUCUAAAUUCACAGAGGAACGUAACUCUUCGGUGGGUUGCUGUUGUGGGUCUUUUUCGGUUAAGACGAAGGGUGCUUCGCCUGCGGCAAUCUUGAUUGCUUCUUCCCCGCUGCCUAGACUUUAAGCUUGCACCCACCAUCCUGGGGCCAUCUCCAUCCCCUCUUCACCCUGAUUUUAACGGGGGUAAUUAAAGUUUCAGGAUAGACUCGCUUUUGGAUAAUCAAGACACAUGGCUUGGUGUGAGAGGAUCUUUGCCCUGGUUUUGACUUGUUUGUUCUCUCAGAUUGUGGUUUUAUGGCAGGAAGCUCUAGAACCCUCAGUGCUGGGGUUGGGUAGAUGAAAAGCAGGGCUUUCAACUUACAGGAUUUCUUCGUCUUUUUCUUCUUCUUUGCAAACAAGGCUGCAUGUAGCAGGGAAGGUGGCAUACCGCUUUGCAGAACACUUGCACUUAAUUUUUUAUUGGAAGCCGCCCAGAGUGGCUGGGGAAACCCAGCCAGAUGGGCAGGGUAUAAAUAAUAAUAAUAUAUUAUUAUUAUUUUGCAUUCUUCGCAGAAAAAGCCCUGCACUUUCUUUGAAGGUUUCCUGGGAGUUUUAAAAUGCUCUGCGCGAUUGUUUUCUGAAAAUCUGCUGGCUUCAGCCUGCGUUUCCUUGCAGAGAUGGAAUCAUAGAAUUGGAAAGGGACCCCACGGGUCAUCUAGUCCAGCCCCCUGCUUUUAUAAUUCUUUGUGAACCUUGCAAAAUAUUUCCCAGAAGGGUAGCCUUCUUAGUAAAAUCAGCCAAGCCUUGCGGCACCCUGAAGAUUAACCAAUUUAUUACGGCACAAAGUGGCAGGUGUGUACGCCAUCAAUUUAGGUUGGUGGCCAUCAGUGUCCCUUGUGGGAGAGAGUUCCAUAGGUUAUAACUAUGCUCUGCAUGAAGAAGUUGUUUAUUUUAUCUUUCCUGAAUCUUCCAUCAUCACUGAAUGUCCACAAAUUCUAGUGUUAUGAGGGAGAAAACUUUUAUCCAGCUGCUAAGAGUAAACUGACCAAUAAAUUGAAAUCAGACCCAUUGAUUUCAAUAGGUCUUCUCUGAAGCAAAACUCUGAGUUGAAUUCCUGCACUGCAGGCGGUUGAAUUAGAGGUUCCUUCCAACUCUCCGAUUCUAUGAUUCUGUGAAUGCCACCUGCAGAUUUAAAAGCCCCUCAGUGCCUGGGAUCUAUAUAUCUCAGAAGGAGACCCUCCUCAUAUGAGUAGACAGCUAUUUGUGUCCUCUCUGCUAACUUAGAACAAUUUCACUACACAUUUUUGGUGAGGACACAGGGGGAUUUUCUGCACACACCAAAUUCUGCAGAAAAACUGGAGAGAGGAAAAUACUUCUGCUGAAACAUGCCCUGGGGGAAAUCCUUUCUUCUGGAAAAUUAAUUCUCGUCGAGUGCUUAAAAAACAUUUGCAAUGCCGAAAAAACGCUGCAGUGAGUCUCCUGUUUCUCUUCUCUAAAAUCAACAUCCUUUUCCGUCCGUCAAGUAUCAAUGACUGGUCCAAAUAAGGAUUUAUCUCUGUGGCAGGUGUGAGUGAAACGGCUACUUGCGGCGCUGCUCACUCCCCUUAGUCAACGAGGCUGACAUGAAUCUGAUCUGAGUAAUAAAAGAUCUGAAUGUUUGCACCCUGCCAGGGCUACAUUCCUACUGGUCAGGUCAUCUACUGGAGGCAGAGACAGGAGGGUUUGGGGAAAGAAGGGGAUUUUGAUUGUCUUGUUUCCCUCCCAGAGAGCCAGAAGCAGUGUGAAUAGAACUAUUAUUGCCAGGGAUAUAGCUUCAUCCCACUCUGGUCUCUGUUUGGAGAUUUCACAGAAUGCAUUGGGAAAGACACCGCCAGUCAUCUAGUCCAUCCCUCUGCAGUUCAGGAAUCACCAGGAACCUUGCAAAACAUUUUCCAGUUAGUAAAACCAACCGAGCCUCGUGGCGCCUUGAAGAUUAACCAGUUUAUUAUGGCAUAAAGUUUGGGGAACUACGGUCUGCUUUCCGUCCACCACCCAUGCUGAAUUAACCUGAGCGGCAGGUACAUAGGCGCACUUGGGUUUGUGAUGCUGUGGGCAUGGUCCGCAGCGAGAUCAGAGGCAAAUGAAACCAAUAACGUUCGGAGGCAGUGAUAACUAUGCGGCUGAUAGCGGAAAUUUCCAAGACGGUCGUUGGUUGGUUUGUUUUUUAAUUAAAGGUUUUCUUGUUUUACAGAAGUAUGUGUAAUGUCUCUCGUAUUUUUUCCAUGUUACAUUUUUACAAAUCAGUUUCAUUUGUUGAGACAUUGGGGGAGGAAGGGGGGGAGAUGGGGGGGGUCUGGUGGCAAUAUUUCUAUUUUGCUUAAUGUAUGUAGGGUUUGGUGUCAGCGUUGCAUGUGCUGUUCACUUGUGUUCCUUUGGUGGUGAGAGAGGUUGGGGCUGGCCUAGGGUGUGGUUGUUUGUUUGUGAUUGGCUGUGGUGAUCUUUGUUUUCGUGUGUGAGUGGGGUGGGUGGGUGUUUUGGAUCAGGUUAGCCUUAUUGAUUGGUAUGCUGUUGGUGGAUUUUUGUCACUGUCUUGUUGGGCUGUAUAUGUGAUAAAGGGGAGCCAUACCGGGGUAAAGGCGUCUUCUUCUGUUUGUCUCCCUGUCAGUAAUGAACAAGACAGUUGUUGGUAACGCUGACAGCCCAGCAUUGGCAAUUAACGCAUUUCGCGUGUUAAAAAAACGCACUGUCCACGUGGGUGAGCAUUGAUGAACUGUAGUUCAGUGAUUUCCCAUUGCAGUUUUCCCUGCGAUGCACCUUUGCUCAGGUCUUCCCAGUGGAUCAGUUGCAGAACAUUUCGUGCGGCCGAAAUGCCCCCUUCCUGCAUUGGCUUUCAAAUGUUGCCGUUUCGGAUGUCCGAUCUGUGUCCGUUUGUCCUUUGCGCACAGGUCCUGACCUGUCUGUCCUCUCUAGGAUGCAAAACAAUGACUUAUUACUGCAGUGGAAGAUGAGAAAGUGAAGUAACCCCUGAUGCUGAGGAUGACAUUAUUAGGCUAUUUGGGCAAAAGGUAUUGGGGUGGGCAUGCGCUGCAAGCUGCCUUAUACAGUGGUACCUCAGGUUAAGUACUUAAUUCGUUCCGGAGGUCCGUUCUUAACCUGAAACUGUUCUUAACCUGAAGCACCACUUUAGCUAAUGGGGCCUCCUGCUGCUGCCGCCCCGCUGGAGCACGAUUUCUGUUCUCAUCCUGAAGCAAAGUUCUUAACCUGAGGUACUGUUUCUGGAUUAGUGGAGUCUGUAACCUGAAGCGUCUGUAACCCGAGGUACCACUGUACUGAAUCGGUCCAUCUAGCUCCCUAUUGUCUACCCUGACAGGGCUCUUCCAGAUGACCUAUUUAUGCAGAAAUCUGGCAUGGAGGUUAGAUUAUAUCCGCUUGUUCUGAUUUGUUUACAAGGCGGUUAUACAAGCACCAGCCUUCCCGCCCUGUAUUCAUCCAGAUUUGCUUGUGGGGUGUUUCUUCAUCUUCCCGUUAGUCAUUCGCUCAUCUCACACACUUGCUGGUGCUUUUGUUUCUCCCAUCGCUUUCCAAAGCACAGCGAGUUACGAUUCCUCUUCUUUUUAACAUGGAUUUGUUAUGUCAGGGCAACAGAGCCGUUCUGCCCAUUUUAACCGAGGAAACCUAAAGUUCUGGUAUGCUCUUGAAUCCGUCCCGCAAAAGAACGGUGGUCUGAAGGCACCCUUAGGCCACCUUUGCUGCAUGCAAUGGGUGUGCUAUGUUGUUGCUGGCAUCUUGUCUGUCUCGAGACACAAUGGAGUGCACCUCUUGGCCACAGUGAUCCAUGCGACGGUCACCUCCAGGCUUGAUUAUUGUAAUUCACUCUACGCGGGGCUGCCCUUGAAGCUGACCCAGAAACUCCAGCAGGUGCAGAAUGCCACGGCGAGGCUCCUUACGGGGUCCUUGCCUUGGGAUCACAUUCAUCCAGUGCUUUACCAACUGCACUGGCUCCCGGUGGAGUACAGGGUCAGGUUUAAGGUGCUGGUUUUGACCUUUAAAGCCCUAUGUGGCCUAGGACCCUCGUACCUACAGGACCGCCUGGUAUGCCCCGCGGAGGACCUUAAGGUCCGCAAAUGACAACAUUUUGGAGGUCCCAAGUCGCAAGGCGGUUAGAUGGGUCUCAACUAGGGCCAGGGCCUUCUCAGCACUGGCCCCGACUUGGUGGAACGCUCUGUCACAAGAGACUAGGGCCCUGCGGGACUUGACAUCUUUCCACAGGGCCUGCAAGACAGAGCUGUUCCGCCUGGCCUUUGGUUUGGACUCAGUCUGACCCUUAUGUUUCCCUCCCCUUAUGGUUUUGAUCUAUGGGCUGCAUUUAAAAUGAGGCUGCAUUUUAAAUUGCAUUUUAACCUGUAUUUUAAAUUGGUUUGUUUUUUCCUAUUAUGUUUUUAUUGUGAUUUUACUGGUGUUAGCCGCCCCGAGCCCGACUCUGGUCAGGGAGGACAGGGUAUAAAUAAAAUUUAUUAUUAUUAUUAUUAUUGGGGUGAUGCCAAACCACUGCAUUAGCAACACCUAAGUGACCUCCCUGGGGUGCAGGCCUGGGCAGUGUGCGUGGAGGUCCUGGGCCGCCCAGACGACAACACCCCCCUCUCGGCCUCACUGUUGUGGUCCAAAGGAAAGCAGAGCAAGACGUCUGGCACCAGCUUGGCUGCAGGAGUUGCCGGAAAGAGGUGUACAAGGUGCCAUCCAACCAUCUUAGGGAUUCCACUCUGGAUUUGUGUAGCGUUUGCUCCUUAGCCCUUCCUGAAGAUAUCCCACAAGGCUUUUCCAAAUAAUUCUGAGAACUGUAGUUGUUUAAGGCGGGCAUAGGCAAACUCGGCCCUCCAGAUGUUUUGGGACUACAACUCCCUUAACCCCUAGCUAACAGGACCAGUGGUCAGGGAUGAUGGGAGUUGUAGUCCCAAAACAUCUGGAGGGCCGAGUUUGCCUAUGCCUGGCUUAAGGGAUCUCAGAGUUCUUAGGUGAUCCCGAUUCCCCUCCCAGAGCUACGAUUCCAAGAGUGAUUUAACCAUCAAUCUGUCUCCAUGGUGAGCUCUGGGACCAAUCCGAGCCUUGAGCAGACCCAGAUGUGGCAGCAGCCUUGUGUGACUUCAGACCACACCUUGGGACCACACAUAUGGUCUACAGUGUGUGCCUAAGACAACUGAACUGCGCAUGGAGAACGGUAUCAGAAUAAUGCCAAGUCUCCCAUUUCCACCUCAACACCUCUGAGGUCCAUGAAUAAUGAUAGUUUAGAGGUCCCAGGCCCUAAGGAAGUCAGGUUAUCCUCCACCAGGGCCAGGGCCUUCUCAGUGAUGGCUCCAACCUGGUGGAAUGCUCUGUCCCAUGAGACCAGGGCCCUGCAGGAUUGAACUUCCUUCCGCAGGGCAUGUAAGACAGAGCUAUUCCACCUGGCUUUCAAUUUGAACUUAGCCUGAUCUUUUAUUCCCCUUCCUUCCCUUCCCCUCCCCUUUCUAUGAAGAUUACCCACUCUGGGAUCCCACAGCUAAUUCUCCCCUGGUCUCCUCGCUGGCCCAAACAGGACUAAUUUAGCCAGCUAGCCCUGGUGAUCAUCUAAUGUUUAUUGGAUGGAUUUCCCCCCUAAAUUGAUUUUUGAAUUCUGAAUUUAUUGUUAUUCACGUUUUAUACUGUAUUUUAUGCUGUUUUUUGUUGCAUCAAUUAAGUGUUUUAAAUUUGUUGUUAGCCGCCCCCGGUUUUCUGAGCCGGGGAGGGCGGGGUAUAAAUAAAAAUUUAUUAUUAUUAUUAUUAUUAUUAUUAUUAUGAGAGCUCUGGUAGAGGGAUGGGGAACCUGUAGCUCUGUCCAUGUUUUGUUGGGCUCAAGACAUUCCAUCGGCUCCAGCCGGCAGGUGGUCAGGGAUGAUGGGAGCUGGAGUCCAAGAUCACGGACAAUCGCAAGUCUCUGUUCUGGUGUUUGGAGGCUUUCUUCAGAACUUGGUGGCCUUUGUCAGAGGGUGCUGCUGCUUUUGCUGCAGAAGAUGAACCCGUCUACCAUUCUGGAAUAGGAGGAAUGUGCUUUUGUGCAUGUGCAGAGUGUGUGUGUGUGUGUGUGAGAGAGAGAGAUCCAUGCAAAACAAAUGAUUGCUUUUUCCUUAUCUUUUUGCUCCAGUGACUGUCCCACCCACCUGAAACUGCUAGGGAAGCUUUCCUUCCUGGAGCAAAUAGCAGCUGUUCGCAGAGAAACCACUCUCUCAACAAGAUGCGCUGGGAACCAGCCCCAUUCCCACUGUCUUAGCUGCAAUCUCUCCCCUGGCUGCACCUGCCGCUUAAAAAUAAAGCAAGUGUAUUGAAGACAUCUGAGGGACGCGGGUGGCACUGUGGGUUAAACCACAGAGCCUAGGACUUGCUGAUCAGAAGGUUGGCGGUUAGAAUCCCCGCGACGGGGUGAGCUCCCGUUGUUCGGUCCCUGCUCCUGCCAACCUAGCAGUUCGAAAGCACGUCAAAGUGCAAGUAGAUAAAUAGGUACCGCUCUGGCAGGAAGGUCAACGGCGUUUCCGUGCGCUGCUCUGGUUUGCCAGAAGCGGCUUAGUCAUGCUGGCCACAUGACCCGGAAGCUGUACGCCGGCUCCCUCGGCCAAUAAAGUGAGAUGAGCACGCAACCCCAGAGUCAGCCACGACUGGACCUAAUGGUCAGGGGUCCCUUUACCUAUGGAAGACAUCACAUUUCACACAUCUAGUUCGGCCACAUUAAAAGCAGGUUGUGGAAAACCAGCGUUGUCGGUGGAGGCCAAUUUGUGCAAGCAUGUCAGAACCAGGGUGUUCUAAUCCCUUGUGCAGUCCUCUCCACUGUGUGUGCUGUUACUUUAUUCAUUUAUUCCUCAUUGCAUGUCUAUCCAACUUUCCCUCCCAAGUUGCUCAUGGUGGCGUAUGUCAUUCUCUCUUCUCUCCCCCCCCCAUUUUAUCCGCACAACAACCCUGUGAGGUACGUCAGGCAGAGAAUGAGUGACUGCUGCAAGGCUUUGUGGCUGAGCGGGCCUUUGAGCCCUGGUCUCCCAACGCUCUAACCACUACACCACACCACCUCUGGUUUGGUCUAUACGUAGCAGCUGCACAGCUUUGUAGGCCUGGCUUUUGUUUCAUAGCCUGCCCACUGUCUCCCUCAAGAGUUCUGCAAACACCUUCCAGGUGUGCUAGUCGUCACAGCAUCACCACAGUCACAGGUUGUCCGCUCCGCCUUUCAGCAACCCACUUAACCAUCCCACGACACUGAGUUAAUUCACCCCAAGCUUUAGUCUUCUUUCCCCCCCCUUAUGCGAACCUGAAAAGAGUUAACCUCAACACCAACACCAGCUUCCAGUUUCAUUCGCUUCUUUCCGUUGAUUAUUUUUCUAAUCGUGCACAGGAGAGCUACGAUAAUCUUUAUUGUCAUUGUCCCAUACAGAACAAUGAAAUUGAAAAAUAUACACCAGACAUUCAAAACCCAACAAGCCUGCUAUCCCAGCUAUCCCAACCUAGUUAGCCCCUAAAAACUCUGAUGCCCCAUUUUUAAAUACAAUAUACUCCCAUACAGACUCCUUACAAGGCGUUUAAAACCAAAAUCGUAUUUGGGUAGAAACUGUUUCUCAGGCAGCUGGUCCUAGUUUUUAAAACCCUGUACCUUCUUCCAGAUGGGACGCGGGUGGCACUGUGGGUAAAACCUCAGUGCCUAGGACUUGCCGAUCGUAUGGUCGGCGGUUCGAAUCCCUGCGGCGGGGUAAGCUCCCGUCUUUCGGUCCCAGCGCCUGCCAACCUAGCAGUUCCAAAGCACCCCUAAGUGCAAGUAGAUAAAUAGGUACCGCUUUAUAGCGGGAAGGUAAACGGCGUUUCCGUGUGCUGCGCUGGUGCUGGCUCGCCAGAGCAGCUUCGUCACGCUGGCUACGUGACCCGGAAGUGUCUCCGGACAGCGCUGGCCCCCGGCCUCUUAAGUGAGAUGGGCGCACAACCCUAGAGUCGGACACGACUGGCCCGUACGGGCAGGGGUACCUUUACCUUUACCUUUUUACCUUCUUCCAGAAGGCAGUUGCUGAAAGACAUCAUUUCCGGGGUGCGCUCUAUCCUGCACUAUCUCUGCAGCUUUCUUAUGGCACCUGGAAGCAUAGAUUUGAUCCAAAGUGGGAAGAGUGCACCCAAUUAUUCUCUCUGCAGUCUUUACAACCCUGGACAGCGUUGUUUUUUCCCUGACCGUGCAGCUCCCAAACCACACACACAGACCAUAAUAAGUUAAUACACUCUCCACGGUACAAUGGUAAAAUGCCAUCAACAGGUCCUUUGAGAGAUUGUUUUUCUGGAAGACUCUCAAAUCUCAUUUUGUGGGGUGACGUUUCUCUCCCCCAAUAAUACUCUCCCCUCUGUUGAUUACUGCACCGGCUCCGAAAGCAACUUCUUGCUUGGGUUCCAGCAUGGGUUCCAGCACCAGACUUUUUGCAGUUCGCUCUCUUCGCUUCUCUCCCCACCCUACCCUGCCUCCCUCUUUUCCCCCUUUCCUUUUGGUCUUCCCUUCUCUCUCUCUCUCUCUCUCUCUCUCUCUCUCUCUCUGUUUGUGGAAUUUUCCUGUGCUCUGGGCGUUGCCAGGAUCUUGCAUUUCUCGGAAGCGGCAUUGCACGAGAGCCUGAGCAGCUACUCACUACGAAACACGCGCUGCCUGGCCCCUGACUAAUAUCCUUCGGUGUAUAGCUGAGGGCUGACUCAAAGCGAGGGGCUGGCAGCUGGCCGCAUCAUUAUGGCUGCAGAGUGCAACCCGGGUUGGAAUUCCCAUCAGCGCACGGAGGCAGCUCAGGGUCCCCCAGCGACACUCAGUAACCCCAGGCAGGAGGGGUUGGAAGGGAGAGGAAAUAAAUGUGCAAGGAGUCAUCCUGUGGCCGGGAUGAUUCAGGAGCUGGUUCUGUUAGUGGUCAGCGAGGCACGUGGCCAGUUUCAUGGCUUUUGUAUGCUAAUCGGAGGCCAAGUCAUUUUCCCUAGGGAAUCUGCGUUCGUCCCAGCGUUUUGCCAGAGAACCCGUUUGUUUGCCGGAUUCAGAAAGCUGCGAUUGUUGUUUGCAAGGAGCGAGGGUUUCUGUUCGCAUAUGGCAGGCAGGUUUUCUAGAUGGGGGGUGUUUCUUUCUUUUCGUCGUUGCCUCUGAAUCAGAGCGAAACUUUCGGAAGCAAAAAAAGAAAAAUGAAAGUUGCAUGCUGAUCUGCUGAACCACACACAGAGAGAGAGCUCGAUUGAAGCGGCUGCAUUUUGAGACAGAAGCAGCACUGGUUUUUAGAAACCGAGGGUGGAUUUUGUGGAGCCCAAAGGUGGAUAAGCAUAGGAACGAUCCUGUUUGCCCUGUGGGAAAGAAAAAGGAGCGUUUCGUUCUCUCCUGUUCCAUGCCCAGGACCAUCUCGCAGAAUCAGCCGAUGGAGUGCUGAAAGCUAAGAUGUAAGUUUGGGAACGGGGCUGCUUGCAAGUAUGUUUUGAACUAAGUUUAGGAUUCCUUUGAGUGGGCUGUGUGUGUGUGUGUGUGUGUGUGGUUAUCUUGUUUAGUGCCUAAUCAUCCUGCCAUGUGUGUUUGCCAGUUUAUGCACCAGGGAGGGACCACUGAGCGGCUGAGCACCUGCUUUUCAUGCAACAGGUGCCAAAUUCAGUCCCCGCCAUCUCCUUUCAGGAGGGUGAGGGAGGGGAUGAUGAGAAAGACCCUCCUCUGCCCAGGAAAAAAAAAACAAGCCUUAUGAGGAACGGCUGAGGGAGUUGGGUAUGUUGAGUCUAGGAAAGAGGAGAUAAGCUAGCCAUCUUCAAAUUAAUCUGAAGGGCUGUCACACAGAGGGUAGAGCAAGCUUGUAUUAUGCUUCUCUGGAGGGUAGGAAUCAAACCAGUGGCUCCACGUUACAAGAAGGGAGAUUCUGACUAAGAACUUUCUGACAGUAAGAGUUGUGGAAUGGACUUCUUUGGAAGGUGGCGGACUCUCCUUCCUUGAAAAUAUUUAAGCAGAGGUUGGAUGGUCAUCUCUCAUGGAUGCUUGAGUUGAGAUUCCUACAUUGCAGGGGGUUGGACUAGAUGGCUCUGGAGGUCCCUUCCGACUCUACAAUUCUAGGGUUCUGUAAGACCUUGGGAGAACUUCUGCCAGUCAGAGUAUAGAAAACUGGGCUAGAUGGACAAAUAGCCUAAGCUGGAAUAAGGCACUGCCUUAUAGUUUUCAGUUAUUUUGCUUCUAUGUGCAUUUGAUGCUGGGGAUGCAAGUGGAGGUACUAAGAUUCCCAGUUCUGGCACCUUGCAUUUUGUGAAACCCAGCAUGGCCCAGGGUGAAGGAAGCUGAGCACAUAGCAAAUGAAAAGGACUAUACGAAUCAUGAUGACAGGAACCUUAGGAAGCUGCCUUAUACUGGACCAAAGCAUUGGCCCAUCUACCCCAGCAUUGCCCACACUGGCUGGCAGCUGCUUGGGAGGGUUUCAGGCAGGGGUCUCUCCAGCUCCUACCUGGAGAUUCUGCGCGUCGCACCUGGGACCUUCUGCACGAAAGCCAUGUGCUCUAAUCCUUAAGUGCAUAAGAAUUGCUUUGCCCUGCAAGCCCUGGGGUCUGCCCAGUCCUGCUGCGCAACUAUGGCCAGCCAGGCACCUCUGGUCAUUUCUCUUGCUCUUCUCCUCCUCCCACCUCUGGUACCCAGAGGUACAGUGCCGCUGGCUGUGGAAGUUCCAUUUAAGCACGGAUAGACAGAUUUGAUGCAGAGACCUGCCUGUCCAUGAAUGUUGAGGUUUGCAGUGCGUUGGGACCAUAGGACCCGAGCGCUGUUUAAUUUCUCCACCGUGAAGGAUUCAUAAGCCCGCAAGGAGGGUGCGCAUUGGCAGCCGAGGACAGUUUCCUGUGAGCUUCUCCUCACAAGCCCGUUCUGCGAUGUGUGUGUGAGAGAGAGUUGCCGGUUAGUCAAGAGCCUGUUAUGAAACCAGAUUCAAGCAGCUCCUUGAAUCAGGCAGCGGGGAGAGGAGGCUGCCUUGUGCACACAGCCAGGGAUGGUGUGUGUCCACCACGUUCCGUAAUUUGCAUGUGGAGUACAAACGGUUCGUGGUGGAUGGCGCCGCACUCCGCUUUUGGGGAACGGAAAGGGAGUGUGCGGGAAUCAGGGAACCCAGAAUACAAGCAUGCGCUGUGAGUUUGGGAGGUGUUGGCUGAAGGUGUGCCUUGCUUUCGUUUUGGAGGAAUUUUUUGUGCAUAUCUUAUCUCUCGUUCGCCUCUUGGCUUGCGUCUCCAAACUGCACGGUCCUGGGCCCCGGCAGCUCAGGCAAAGAUCAGCUUCUCCGAGAGCAGCCACAGGCAAGAAAUAGGCAGCUCUUUCAGCAGAGAGGAAGAGGAGGAUGGGGAAAUAAGGAUAAUCUUUGCAGAGUGUUCGCUGAGGGUGGAUUCUUGACCCACUGGCUCGGAUAGGAGGAGGGGUCACAGACAGAAGCCUCACCACAGUUCCUCCUUUCCCUUUCGCUCGCAGCAGAUUUCGGGAGCCGUCCAGGAGCACCGCCAGGAAAAGGAGAAGGCUUCGUGUGCACGCCAGGCAGCAAGUGGAUUUGGUGCCUGAGAUGA